AUGGCCGUCGGCAAUUGUUUCUGCGGCAAGGUUCAAAUCGAAUACAAGGGCGAGCCUAUUACGUCGGGAAUAUGCCAUUGUUUCGAUUGCCGGAAGCUUACCGGCUCACUGUAUAGCUACAGUUUCGUUGUCAAGACUGCCGAUUUGACUAUCACUGGAAACCCGAAGGAAGUGAAAAAGACAUCUGAUAGUGGAAAUCAUAUCAGAAACUUUUUCUGUCCCGAUUGUGGCACGCCGGUUUAUGGAUCGAGGGUAGACGAAAAUGGGGAUCCUGCCGAAAUUACCGUCGUCCGAGCAGGGAUAUUUGAUGAUGAGGUUCUGAGAGAAAAGAAACCCGAGGCGGAGCUAUACACCGAUAGACGGUUGAAUUGGAUAACUCCAAUUGAGGGGGCUGGUCAAGUUUGUGGCAUGUUGCCGCUAUCAACCCUACUAUGA